CUAGACGCAAUGCCUUGUGGGAAUAUUUUGCUGCGUAGAAGACAUUUUGGAUCUGGAAGGGGGCUGAGCUAGCCAUAAGUCUUAGCUCUCGGUUUCCUUGAGCUCCAGCAAAAAUGUCAACUAUGGUGUAUCCACGGGAGGAGAAGCUGGAGAAGCUCUCCCAGGAGGAGAUCAUCUCCAACACAAAGCUGGUCAUCCAAGGUCUGGAGGCCCUGAAGAACGAGCACAACUCAAUCCUCCACAGCCUGCUGGAGACCAUCAAGUGCCUAAAGAAGGAUGAAGAGGCCAACCUGGUCCAUGAGAAGUCCAACUUGCUCCGCAAGUCAGUAGAGAUGAUCGAGCUAGGCCUGGGAGAAGCCCAGGUGAUGAUGGCUCUGUCCAAUCACCUGAACGCGGUGGAGUCUGAGAAGCAGAAGCUGCGCGCUCAGGUUAGGAGGCUUUGUCAGGAGAACCAGUGGCUGCGGGACGAGCUGGCCAACACCCAGCAGAAGCUCCAGAAGAGCGAGCAGAGCGUGGCCCAGCUGGAGGAGGAGAAGAAGCACCUGGAGUUCAUGAACCAGCUCAAAAAGUAUGAUGAAGACGUCUCGCCCACUCAGGAGGAGAAAGACAGAGAAACACCAAAAGACAACUUGGACGACCUUUUCCCUAAUGAUGAAGAGGACCAAGGUCAAGGAAUGCAGCACCAACACAACAGCGCUGCCGUGGCUGCAGCCCAGCAGGGAGGCUAUGAGAUACCAGCCCGCCUGAGAACCCUGCACAACCUGGUGAUCCAGUACGCCUCUCAGGGCAGGUACGAGGUGGCGGUGCCGCUCUGCAAGCAAGCUUUAGAGGACUUGGAGAAAACCUCUGGACAUGACCACCCUGAUGUUGCCACCAUGCUCAACAUCCUGGCUUUGGUCUACAGGGAUCAAAACAAAUACAAAGAGGCUGCCCAUCUGCUCAAUGAUGCACUAUCCAUCCGUGAGAAAACCCUGGGCAAAGACCACCCAGCUGUUGCUGCAACGCUCAACAACUUGGCUGUGUUGUAUGGAAAGAGAGGGAAGUACAAGGAAGCCGAGCCUCUUUGCAAGAGAGCUCUGGAGAUCAGAGAAAAGGUCCUGGGGAAAGAACACCCAGAUGUAGCCAAACAGCUGAACAAUCUGGCCCUACUGUGCCAGAACCAGGGCAAAUAUGAGGAGGUGGAGUACUACUACUGCCGCGCCCUGGAGAUCUACGAGUGCAGGCUGGGUCCAGAUGAUCCCAAUGUGGCGAAGACCAAGAACAACCUGGCCUCCUGCUUCCUCAAACAGGGGAAAUACAAAGAGGCUGAGAUUCUGUACAAAGAGAUUCUGACCCGAGCUCAUGAGAAAGAGUUUGGAUCGGUUGAUGCUCAGAACAAGCCCAUCUGGAUGCAUGCAGAGGAAAGAGAGGAGAUGAGCAGGGGCAAGCACAGAGACAACACCCCAUACGGAGAGUAUGGUGGCUGGUACAAGGCCUGCAAAGUCAACAGCCCUACAGUGAAUACUACCCUGAGGAACCUUGGUGCCCUCUACCGCCGUCAGGGCAAACUCGAGGCCGCUGAGACACUGGAAGAGUGCGCUGUGAGAUCUCGCAAGCAGAGCAACACAGGCAUCGAUCCCAUCCACCAAACACGUGUGGUGGAGAUCCUGAAAGAUCCAGAGGGCGAGAGGCGGAGGAGCAGAGAUAGUCUGACCAGCGUUAAGUACGAGAGCGGCUCUGAGACCGGCGAGGAAGUGAGUAUGGGCGUGGAGUGGAACGGGGCCUAAGCCAUCAAGAUUAUUCCUUCAUGCUUCUCUCCUCCCCCCAACACAGUAAUAAAGGGAUGUGUGUUGUCGUUCCCUCUGGGCUCCUUUGUCCCUCCAAACCAACAGCUCCUCUACCGCUCCCGGGUCCCCCCCCCUGCAGCAGAGACUCAGAAAGCCCCCCUUCUCCUGGUUGUCAUCUCUGUUUCCUGCUCAACUGGCAACUGUUGGGACGUUUGGUCUUCUCAUCUCUGCUCUGGUGUUGCUCUCGCUCUCCUUUCCUGUCACUAACCAAUGUCGGUCUUUCUUUCAGCUUUUUCUCUCACUUCACUUUAGAGGAAGUUUUGUGUGUGUGUGAGUGAGUGCAAUGUAUCCUUGUGAGGACGUCACUUGUACAUUAUUUUCCUCCUCUUUAGAAUGUAUUUAUACUUUAUUAAUAGGUCAUAUUUAUUUUGUUAAGGUGGAAAAGGAAGUGAUGAGAGUUAUCUUGGAGUUAGCAUGUUCUGCAGUUUAUCUCACAGAAGUUGUCGGUCUGGCCAAAACACUCGAAGCCUCAAAGUGAAAGUUUAGCUAAGCAUUAGCUGCCAUGUUGGUGCCUGGAUUUUUGCCACUUUAUGUUUUUCAAAUGAUUAUCUUUCCCUGUUAUUUUAUUUUGUACAAGUUUUUUUUACCUAACGCCUGGCUUAUUAAUGGUACUGUUUAAUCCCUCUUUGUGGAUGCGCCAGCAGGGAAAGUAGCUUUUUUUUUUCUUCUUUUUUUUACGUCAGAUGUUGCCAGACUUUUGUAUCACUAUUGUUUACAUUAGAAAAAUAUAAAAGGUUUUUAAUAAGUUUGGGCCAGCAUGAAAUUGGUAGUGUUUCUCGCCUGUUGGGGAAAGAAUAGACUUUUACUCGAUGUCAGGAAGCUGCUGUUGCCAUGGUGAUAUGUUCUGGUCGCUCCAAUCAGCUAGAGUUUGGUUUGACGGUGUUUAGGAAGGCUCUGCUCUGCCAUGAUGCUUUUAGGGCGCGACGUUUACAAAUGCUUAUUAUUUGGGUGCACAAGUCAGUUUUUCAUUUUCCCUGAUCAUGCAAGGUUCAAACGUAGACUGAGCAGACGCCACCCUCUAUUUAUCAGUUUUUAAAUACCAUAAAUUCAAACCUGUGCCCCUAAAAAUGUCAAUGUUACAUUUUUUUGUAAUCAUUCCACCUUAUAGAAAUAUCUAGAGUUUAAUAAAAACAUUAGAAGCCCAGAAUAUUAUGACAGUGAUGCUGAUAAGUUUUUGUAAACGUCUCACCAGCAUAUUUCAUGUUAAAAGCAGAGACCAACUGGAGCAUUCAGCACAGAUAUCAGCCACCUGAGAGAUUCCCUGGAUGUAAAGGACGGCUUUUAACCCUUCGUAUGCUAAAUACCCAGAGCUGAUUUGAUCCGACGGCGUUAAAGGUUUACCCUCAUGCGGUAACUUAACAGACGACAGGGUUUCCCUUUGUCGGUGUGAAUAUACGUCUGUUGCAGUGGUACAGUCGCAUUCGAAUGCAAAGCUUCAUGGGUUGUGCUGCCUUUGUUUCUUGUUGCACAGCAUAAAUAUUGUAACUUUGGUGAAUCCUGUCUUUUUUUGGCAUCAGAGGUUCAGUGCGAGUGUCUCCUCACUGUUUACCUUAACCGAAUGUGAGUGAUCUUAACAUCUUGAAAGUGUAAUUGUUAGGCUGUAUUUGUAGAUUUGACAGCUGCAUUCACUCUCUGGCUUUUUAGUGUACUACAUGCCUCGAUUCUUCAUUCCUUUCCAUUGAGUACACCUAUACAUCUAAUGCAACUUUGAACAAAAAUAAAUAAUAGUGUUCACCCAGUUAUGAUGAUAUUGCUGUUAGUGGAAUGCUUGCUUAUUUAUUGAACUGUCUAUUCUCAACCUAUAGAGUGUGACUUUUGUUUCUAUUUGUGAAAGAACAUAAAAUCAUAAGCUCUAUAAGCAUUAUCUUAGUGUGUAGGACUGCGUUAUAUCUAUAUAUUCACCAUUCUGCAUUGUGAUGAUUAAUGCAUCAACACUUGUUGGUAUUCUCAAAUAAAGUUUUUCAUUUGUGAGCGUUUGUCUCUUUCUUUGCUGUGGAUGAAAACCUCAAUGUGAGCAAAAGGAGAAAUCCAUAGGUGCCCACAGCACCUCCUGCUGGUGAAACUCUUUUAGUAAAAAUAUAGUGAUGGCGGCAUCACCACUGUUUGCCCUUCAUUACUUCUUCAAAGACUGGU